AUGGAAGAAGAUGAAUUUCCCAUUGGUUUAAAGAUUGUUGUUGUAGAUGAUGAUGAGACAUGUCUCUUUAUAUUAGAAAGGAUGCUUCAGUCUCUGAAUUACCAAGUUACCAAAUGCCGGAAUGCAGAGGAGGCUCUAUGUAUGCUUCGAGAGGAUAAAGGCAAGUUUGAUAUAGUGAUUAGUGAUGUGCACAUGCCCACCAUGGAGGAAGGAUUCAAGCUCCUUGAGACAGUUGGUUUGGAGAUGAAAUUGCCUGUUAUCAUGAUGUCAUCAGAUGAUAAUCAUGAGACGAUGACGAAGGGCAUCAUUCAUGGUGCUUGUGAUUAUUUGGUGAAGCCGUUCCAGAGGACGGCUCUUAGACUGAUUUGGCAGCAUGUGGUCCGCAAUAGAAGAAACAAGGAAGCACUUGCAGUUGCAGAGCCCAAGUCAUGCGUUUUGGUGGAAGAUGAUGAUGAUGAUGAUGAUCUUGUUGCCUCUCCAGCGAAGAAAAGAAGACGCCUAGUUUGGACAGCACAGCUUCAUCAUCAGUUUGUCACUGCUGUGAAUCAACUUGGGCAUAAAAAUUGUCAUCCAAAGAAAAUUUUGGAUCGUAUGCAGCAAAUGGGUGCUCGUGGUCUUACUAGAGAAAAUGUCGCUAGCCACCUUCAGAAAUACCGCAUCCAUUUUAGAAGGCAAAAUGAGGCAUCACAAAAUCAGAGAAGACAAUCCACAUCUACUAUUGGUUCUAGUUCUAGACAACCAAAUUUCAACUUCUCAUCUUCAUCGAAUGAGUUGAUCAGACUCCAAGAUUAUGCCAAUUCAGGACAAGUUCCAUUUCAAAGUUUCACUACUUUUCCACAAGUAGCUGGAGCUGGAAGUGAGAGGCCAGAACCCAAAUUUGGCAUGCUUCUUGCUGAUCAAAGAAACCUCCCUUUGGACUCGAGAACGCUAGGCGAGCCAAGAUACGAAAUGGAGUACCAAUUAAGCAACAGUAGUCCAUUACAAGCAAAUUUACAAUCUGAAAUUCCAACCACCAUGGACCUAAAACACCAACUUUUGGACCUAAAACACCAACUUUUGUUACACGAACAAGAAGAAGAAGAAGAAGCUCAUCAUCAAAUCUUUGGAAACAGGGGCUUGCAAGUAACUAGUGAAGGUACGAGUAUUCAGAAGAACUCAACAUCCCUAGGGGCGAGCUCACCUAGAGUUGAUGGAAAUCAGAGUCACCAUUUGACGUUGAAAGACAUUGCACAAGCAAUGCAGAUGGUAAAUGGAACUGUGCCUGCUGCUAAUCAUGAUAUUGGUCAAAGUCAGACUAGUCUGAACCAGGAUGUGACAGAAUUGGAGGAACAGCAUUAUAAUAAGGACAUGGGAAGUAUUGUUGAUGAGCAUUCCAAUUGGGACAAGUUGUUAGUUGAUGAUUCUCAAAGGUUCAAGGCCGGAAGCUGUUCGUAUGAUCAACCAAGUUUUGAGGCUUUAAUUUAUGCGCAAAACCAUGUUGCUAUCGAUGAUUACAUGCCAAGACCAUUCAUAGAGGAAGGAACUGGGCUGCCUGUGCGAUAUCAAAGAUAA